AUGUCGAAAACCAUAGUUGUGCUUGGCGGCAGUAUGGCCGGCCUGAACAUUGUCCACCGUCUUCUAAAGUACACCUUGCCCCAUGAGUCUGACUUCAAAGUGAUCCUCGUCUCCAAAAACAGCCACUUCUAUUGGAACUGCGCCUCGCCGAGAGGUGUCAUCCCCGGACUCAUCCCUGAUGAGGAGUACAUUCAGGCCAUUGCUCCCGGUCUGGACAAGUACCCUCUCGAGAGCAAUGAAUUCAUUGUCGGUAGUGCCACGGGCGUCGACAAGACGUCCCGCCAGGUGACCGUCUCGACCGCGGAUGGGACCCGUCAGGUCAAGUACGACUACCUCGUCAUCGCCACUGGCGCACGCUGCACUGAGGACACGCUCCCUUGGAAGGCCAACAACACAUACGAGGAGCUCAUUGAAAGCAUCCACCGUACGCAGGAGAAUAUCAAGCAGGCAAAGCACAUUGUCGUCGCCGGCGCGGGCGCCACGGGUGUCGAGCUUUGUGGCGAGUUGAAAUUUGAGUACGAGGACAAGCAGGUCCUGCUCCUCUGCGCGGAUGAGAAGCUGGUGGGCGGUGAUUCGUGCCACGCAUCCAUGGAGAAGGGGCUCAAGUCUAUGCAUGUCGAGAUCAAAAAGUCUGCUCGGGUGGAAGGCACCAAGACACUCGACAAUGGCAAGACGGAGAUCACAUUGGGCAACGACGAGAAGAUCACGACGGACUACUACGUGGCAACAAUGGGCAUGGUGCCCAACACAGAGUUCCUGCCUGCUGAGUGGUUGACUGACAGGAAGUAUCUCAACGUGGAUGAUAAUUUCCAGGUCGUGGGCGAGAAGGGGGUUUGGUCGCUCGGUGAUGCGGUCUCCAGGCCAAGGGCGAGCUUCCCCGAGACAGAAGCCCAGGGUGGCGCUGUGCACAAGAACAUUGAAGCAGUUCUCAAGGGCAAAAACCAAUCUCGGGUCAAGGGCCUACCGGCCGAUGUCUUCGUCUGCUCCAUGGGUCGCAGCCGUGGCGUAGGUCGCAUAGGCUGGGUGCCGGCUCCCUCCCUCGCCAUCUGGGCCAUCAAGGGCCGCACGCUUGGUCGCGAGAGGACGUCCAAGUACGUCGACGGAAGUGCGUUCUAA